AUGGCUUCUAAGCGCAAGGUCGACGACUUCAUAUAUACACUAUCUGAUAACGAGGAGCUUCCCAAUGAAGAAGAGGUCAUACCCGAGCCGAACCCACCAAAGAAAAAGGCCAAGAAAAAUAAACGACCUACUCAAUUAGACGAUGACGAAAAUGGCGUUUGGGGCAAGAAAGAUGAGGAUGAUGGAGCAAUGGAUUCUGAAUUCGAGUUUGCAGAGGAUGGCACCACAGAAUUCAGGGCAGAGGAUUUUGAAGGCUGGGGCUUUGAUGGUGCGAAAAAGGGCAUGAACGGAAACAUAACGAAGAGACUCGUUGACGUGGAUGAGAUCGUGCGAAGGAGAAGGGGUACUACUCAAGGGGAUACUGAAGUAAACGACGAGAAGAAAAAAGUCGUAGAUGGUGCUAGUAGCGAACUUGACGACGAAGAUAUCGAACUUGACGACCAGGACGACGAAGUUUUAGCUGAAGAUGGAUUUGGUAUGGGUGCUGCUUCAGACGAAGAAUCAGGCGAUGAUAAGGCAGGUGAUGAUUCUAAUCAGGAUGAAAACGACGAGAAUGAUGCUUCGGAUAAUGAUUCUGUUGCCACCCCCGUUGAUCAUCCUGAUGACGAAGGAGAAUCCGACGAAACGGACGAUGAGGAAGAUCCUGAAGAAGCGGCUAAGAGAGCAGCCUUCUUUGCACCUGAAGAGAAGAAGCCAUCUGGGAAGCACAAUGGAAAGUUUUCGUUCCAAACUAUGUCCCUUUCACGACCGAUUUUGCGCGGUCUUAAUUCUGUCGGCUUUAACGAACCCACUCCAAUCCAAGCGAAAACAAUACCACUCGCGCUAGAAGGAAAGGAUCUCGUUGGUGGCGCUGUUACAGGCUCCGGGAAAACUGCUGCUUUCGUUGUUCCCAUCUUAGAAAGGCUGUUGUACCGACCAAAUAAAAUCCCCACGAGCCGCGUGGUUAUCUUAACCCCUACCCGAGAACUCGCCAUACAGUGCCACGCCGUUGCAACCAAACUCGCUGGCCAUACAGAUAUCAAGUUCUGUCUGGCAGUCGGCGGAUUGAGUUUGAAAGUUCAGGAAGCAGAACUACGUCUAAGACCAGACGUUAUUGUUGCUACUCCGGGUAGAUUUAUCGAUCAUAUGCGUAACUCGGCUAGCUUUUCGACGGAUACGGUUGAAAUCCUGGUUCUAGAUGAGGCCGACCGAAUGCUCGAGGAUGGGUUUGCAGACGAACUAAACGAGAUCCUUACAACCCUACCCAAGUCACGGCAAACAAUGCUCUUCUCUGCUACCAUGACUUCAUCUGUUGACCGACUUAUCCGCGCCGGUCUAAACAAACCAGUACGAGUAAUGGUAGAUUCUCAAAGGAAAACGAACGACAAGCUAGAACAAAAGUUUGUCAGGUUAAGACCAGGUCGGGAAGACAAGAGAAUGGGUUAUCUCAUCCAUAUCUGUAAAACGAUGUAUACUGAGCGUGUUAUCAUAUUCUUCAGACAAAAGAAGGAUGCGCAUCGUGCUCGGAUAGUUUUUGCCUUAUUUAACCUGUCCUGCGCCGAACUACACGGAAGUAUGAAUCAGGCACAGCGCAUUUCUAGUGUCGAAACCUUCCGGGAUGGUAAAGUGUCUUUUCUGCUUGCCACUGAUCUGGCUUCUCGAGGUCUUGAUAUUAAAGGUAUAGAUACCGUUAUCAACUACGAAGGCCCACAAACCCACGAGAUAUACGUACAUCGUGUAGGGCGCACUGCACGAGCUGGACGUUCGGGUGUUGCUGUCACACUAGCCGCAGAACCUGACCGAAAAGUCGUAAAAGCGGCGGUUAGAGCCGGGAAGGCCCAGGGGGCCAAGAUCAGUAGUUUGAUCAUUGAUCCCGCCGAUGCCGAUAAAUGGCAAGACAAGAUCGACGAGAUGGAUGAUGAGAUCGAAUCGAUUGCUAAGGAAGAGAAGGAAGAGAAGCAGCUGGCACAAGCAGAGAUGCAAAUUAAGAAGGGGGAGAAUAUGGUUAUUCACGAGGAUGAAAUCAAGUCGCGACCGAAGCGAACAUGGUUCGAAACACAACAUGAGAAGAAGAAGGCUAAGGAGGCCGGGAGGGCUGAGCUGAAUGGGCUGAUCGAGUCCCUAAAGAAAAAAGGGAACGGCAAGCUGAGCAACAAGGAUAAGAAGAAGCUAGACGCAAAGUCAACAAGGACGGAGGGAAUGUGGAAGAAGGGCUCUGCCGAGAGGGCAGGCAAAGGUGCCGUUCUUAAUUUCAAGGACGAUAAGAAGAAGAAGAAGGCGGCCAGGACAAAGGUACGGACAGGGAUGAGUAUCAUGGCUCCAUCACGUCGAUUUAUCCCUAUACGUCCUCAUCCCCAUCAUCGACAGAGCCUCCUCCAGUACCUUUUCCCACAUAGCCUACGCGAACGCUACCGCGAGCGACUCAUCGGUUUCCACCUUGAUACAUUUCCUCACUACAAACAUCGCCUCCAAAGUCGCAUCUAUCGCUUUAUCCUCGACCGUCAGCGCCGUCGCCGUGAGCAGUCGCGUCUCGUCGACCACGCGCGACGGCUGUUGCUCGGCUUACCAGCUCCCAAUACCAAGGGCCCGAGAGAUGGAUCAAGAUCUACACCGGGAAAUAUGACAACUGUGCCAGAAUAUGGAUUGGGGAGUGGGAACUUGGGUGCCGAUGGCGGACGCGAGAGAGGCUCGAGAAGGAGGAAGCUUGCAGCUAUGGCUGGCAGCAUGUACAGGGCUGGCGCAACGGCGGUAAACGAGAUUAAAGAGUCUUACUACCAGACAAGAUCAAGUGAUGCCGAUACUCCAGAAGCGACCAGGAUUACAAUACCAGAUGCCUUCCCCGACGUUGCCAUUGUGACAAAGGGAAACGAGCAGAUGGUCUUAUUCCCGUCCUAUGCAAAGAGGCACGUGAAGAGUCAACCUAGGCAGUUCGAAGAUCCGGGAGGACCACCCCAUACCUCAACCAUGAGCAUGAACGAACAGGAUUACUGGAGGAACGAGUGGUCGAGACACGAAGACGAGAAAGCUAUUGUAGACGUAGAUGUCCGAGGCUGGAUAUACAUCCCUCAUAGGAACCCAAUGACUCGUCGCAAUCGAAUAUUGAUUGGUCUGGCGAGACAGUUAAGCGGUAUUCCCGCUCCAAAGACUCAGCAGGCCGACCCAACUGCUACUGUGGAACCCUCUUUUGCGAGGAUACACGAACAGCACGAGGAGGAACGUGAGCGAGAGAGGAUCGCACAAGAAGCCAAAGAAAUCGAGCGCAGGGGCAAGUUUGAGGAGGAAGCCGCGCAAAAAGGUGGCUAUAGUGAACGACCGAGGGAUGAAGAUUCUGAAGACGAAGGAAACAGGCGACGCAUAGACCACUACUCGCAAGAUAGCAGUAGAUCACCACCUUCUGCGCCGUCAUCACCUGUUCUCCGAGGACGCACUAAUACAACAGGAACUACUGAGCUCACCGAAACGGAGCUGGCAGUUGCAAAUGCAAAUCUAAUGGCUCGUAUCGCGCCUUUUAUGACCACGCCGUUGGUUGAGAUUCCCAUUACCUUGUUCUUCUAUAACGAAAAGCAAGCCCAGUCGCGCACCGUAAAGACCAAUGAUUCAGGGCACUUUAUAAUCAGGGCGGCGCUCGACUUUGUUCCCACCCAUGUACGCGUGCUCGCGAACGAGGACAUAUCCUACACAGAACCAGUGCAGCUCAUCGAGCCAAAAGGAGUCAGCCUAAUAAGCGAUAUCGACGACACCAUCAAACGCUCAAACAUAUCUCUCGGGGCCAAGGAAAUAUUUCGAAACACCUUCAUUCGUGAGCUAGGCGACCUAACCGUGGACGGUGUUCAAACAUGGUACAGCGCUUUGCAUGACCUUGGCCUGUACCCGGUGUUAGCUACGUACUUCAAGUUAGCCGGCUUACCGCCGGGCUCGCUACAUUUGAAGCAGUAUACGGGUAUGCUUCAGGGCAUAUUCGAACCCGUGGCCGAGCGGAAAAAGGGUACGCUAGAGAAGAUCAUGAGAGAUUUUCCAGAAAGGAAAUUCCUUCUAGUCGGUGACAGCGGCGAAGCGGACCUCGAGGUAUAUACGGAGUUGGCGGUUUCUCAUCCCGGGAGGAUAUUAGCUAUUUUCAUUCGAGACGUUACUACACCCGAACAAACUGGCUAUUUCGAUUCCGGAUUCGACGCACGUAAUAACGGCGGACGCAUUCCUCGAACUAAUUCAAGCAUUCGUCUUAAUCAGAUAUCUUCCAGAAGUAAUAGCAGCGAUACUAACGGGCCCGUCGUGGGGGACCUGAUUGACCUGUCAGAGGAGCCGGGGCCAGAGCCAGAACGGCUCCGGCGGGUCGAAUCUGAGCCCCAGACGGUGGGGAAACCCGUGCGACCGGCGGAUCUACUAGCACGGAAACCACCGCCACCAAGACCUGCGAAACCAAAAUCCCUACAGAGCACGCCGGCUGCGCCGGUACUGACUACAGAUGAUAGUGGACCUACUAAAAAGCCCUCGGGCUCGGUGCCCCCGCAGCCGCCGGAGCCGCGUAAGAUAAUCCAGGCGAAUAAUAGAGCGUUGACACCUAGCCCGCUAGCGCAGGUGCAGGUAUCGUCUGACCACGCCGGCGGAAGGGACGGAUCAAGAGCGGUGAAGAAACCCAAGAGCAACGGCCAGAUAUCUGAGAAUCCAAGUCUUCCUCCCUUCAACUCAUCAUCUAAAAUCGCGCCUCCUCCUCCGCCUCCUCGACGAGGCACACCAUCCAGCACCACUACGACAAAAUCGAGCCCGCGUCUCGUGGCAGCUCGUGCUAGCGACAGCGCCCUAGUCCGCCGGCGGACAACAGGGGACUCGGGGGUCGAGUUUGAGGGUCUGUCACCUGGUAUUAAUAGUAGCGCUACGUAUAGCAACGGGAGUCUAAACGGACAGACGACGGUUAUGAACAAGAAACUGGACUUGUGGCGCCGGCGGUUGCAACGUGCGCAGGAAACACUGGAACGGCAGGGCGUGGCGCUGUAUACAUGGCGUCGCGGUGAUGAGGUGAUGGAUGAGGCAAUUGGGAUUGUGAAGAGAUGCAUGGAGAUGGAUAGGCAAUAG